UAACAUUUUACAUUUAGUUUAAAACCGUUUUAACUUUUAGUAACUGUUCAGUGAUCGCCGGCAAUUGAUUAACGCAGUUUUAAUUUUAACAAUCAAUAAAAAUUGGUUCUUAUACACACGUUAAGUUAUGCACCAGCAAUGAACAACAUGGAUACAAAUUUUUUACAAACAGAAGAACCGGUAUUGAUUUCUGAAGACACACAAGAUGAGAAUAAUGUGUCAAACACUCAGACCAAUGGUACUGCUAUAACAUUUGAACCACUAGGCCCUGAAAAAGUCAGAUGGUUUUACAAGAGUGAUCUCAAAAGAUGGACCAAAUUUGAUGGUUUUGAUUCAUUAAAUAUUGAGUACAGGUACAGGGCGAAUUUUGGCAACGAAGAAGAAGUAUCUAGUUUGAAUGGGUCUUUCAAUUAUUUUCUUGGGCUCAAUACUGUUGUGGUUAGAGGAGGUCUUUACGAAGUAGACUUAUUAAAAAAAAAGUGUACAUCUAUAUUUUGGCCUGGUGAAGAGAGUGACAUUUUUCGUGGAAUUUGGUUUUAUGAUGGAUAUGAACCAUAUGAAUUUGGUGAGGAAGUUGAAAGGGAACAUCUAAAUCUAUUCAGAGAUGAUACUAGAAAAAUUGAAAAUACCGAAGACAAUGGAAAGUCAGUAUUAAGAGAUGUUACUAUUGGAGACAUGCAUGUAGUAUGGUAUUCAUCGGCUGAGGUAUAUUCAUUUAAACAAAAGACUUUUAUCAAUACAAAGAUUAUGAGAAGUGUUACAAAAAAAUUAGGAACUUAUUUCCAAAAAUCUGCUGGAUACAAACUAAUUAGAUCAUACAAAACUGAUGCUGAUGAAAAGGAUAAACUGAACGAUAUAACUCAUCUUGUAUUUUUAGUUCAUGGAAUCGGCCAUAAAAUAGAUAAUAAAAAAAUUAUAAAAAAUACUUCACAAUUUCGGGAUUGCGUCAAAUGGAUAAAACAAAAAUAUUUCCAAGGUACUGAACAGAKGGCAGAGUUUUUCCCUGUAGACUGGAGAUCACAGUGUAGUUUUGAUGGAGGGUUAGUUGAACAGAUAACUCCAUUAAAUUUAAAAAACAUACGACAAAUAUUAAAUUCGUCAGCUAUGGACAUCAUGUAUUACACUUCUCCUAUAUAUGGUCGAGAAAUACAAAAUAGUUUGGCAAAUGAGCUGAAUAGGUUACAUUCAGAAUUUGUAGAACGGCACCCACACCAUGACUUCAAAGUGUCAAUAAUGGCACAUUCAUUGGGUAGUGUGAUUUCAUAUGAUAUUAUAACCGGAUGGGAACCAUUUAUUAAACGAAGUGACAGUAGUCCAAGAAUUCAUUUAAAUUUUGAGUUGGAAAAUUUUUUUUGUUUGGGUUCACCAUUGUCUGUGUUUUUGGCAUUACGACAAAAUGAAAUAUUUAAAGAAAACUUAAACUUGUUCCCAAUGUGGUUGGCUAAAAAAGUUUAUAACAUUUAUCAUCCUACAGACCCUGUUGCAUAUAGGUUUGAACCAUUAGUUGCGAGAGAUUAUUGUCGCUAUAAACCUGUUGGAAUUCAAGCCUAUGGUAUCAAAUGCGAUUAUUCUGAGGUUCCUUUUGAAUUAAUUGGAAACAUAGAUUCUAGCUUCGAAGAAACUAAUGGAACUGAAGCCAAAGCACCAGAUGUAAAAAAAGAAAAUGAAACAUUCAGCCGUAGAAUAAGUACUUGGCUUAAUAUGUCAAGCAGCAAUGAUAAUAAAGCCAAUAAUUCAAAUCAGUUUGAAGUUAAUACCUGUCCACUUUCAAGAAAUAGUACGCCAGUUGAAAAUUUGAAUCAUCGGUUAGAUUAUAUUUUGAGAGAUAGUAUCGGAGGGUCAGCCAGUAAUUAUUUGUCAAUGUUGUAUACACAUACGUCAUAUUGGUCAAACUAUGACGUAGCAUAUUUCAUCUAUACUAGAUUAUUUCCCGAACUAGAUAAAACAAUGGAUGAUUUUCUAAGACCUGAAGAGAAAAUCCCCAAUUUUGACUUACAAUUUGAACAAGGUAUUGAAGUGACUGAAGAUUUGAAACAUUCUACUUAAGAAGCAAAUUAUCAGUAACAUCUAAAAAAAAAUUCCCCAUGUCAUUUUAAGUCUGCAACAUUUUUAUUUAUUUAUACUAAACAGUUCAUUGUUAUAUAUUUUAGAUUAUGUUAACUAGAUAUUAGUUAACACCAAAUAUGUUCAAUACCCAAUGGUUAAUAUUUUAUAAUUUAUUGAUUCUUACAAUACUAUACAGGGUAAAUUUCCAUUACAUUUCUCAUCAACAGUAAUUUAUUAUCCGGUAUCUUAUUUUAAUCAUUAAUACUAUUUGUUUUAAUUACAUUUUCAUAUUUAUCAGAUUUUAAAUUUGUUUCAUUUAUAUUUUGAUAUAAAUAUGCUUCACACUAUUCUUUAUGUUAUCCCAAGGUAUAAGAAAAAAUAACUCAAUCUCGGAUGUGAUAUUAAUUACUAAAGAAUAUAAAAUAUUCUAUUGAAAAUAAACUAAAAAUUAAAUGUUAUUUGUGUAGUAUAGUUUUAUACCUAUUAUAAUGUAAUGUAAUGAUCGAUGUACGUCCAAAUAAGUGUAUCACAGUAAUUUAACAUUUUAUAUGUUAAGUUGUCUACUGUUUACGAUUCACUUUGUGUAUUAUUAUAUGUAUUUAUAAAUGAAACACAAAUUGUUAACUGUGUUGUGAUUUGUAUUAGUCGAUUAUUGUUAUGUGUUAAGUAGGUAUUAUAGGUAUGCACUAUUGUUUUAUUGUUUAUUAGUGAGAGGCCUUGAACAUUUCUAAUUUGUAUUUAUUCAACUAUAUUAAAUWAUUUAAUAGGGUAUGUGUAUUGUGCGCAAUAAAACAAUAAUACAAGUUAUUUUUAUAAAAAUGUAUUUAUUAUGCAAUGUUUAUACUAUAUCUAGUGUUGUUUCACCAAAUCUGUGUGCCCAUUAUUAGUCUUUUUGAAACUCAUAUAUAUUAAUUUUAUCAAAAUGUUUUUAUUGUAGUUAUAAUAAUAAUGUGUUUAGAAGAUUGAAGUAUAAUGUUGAUUAUUUAUUGUUUGAUAACUGUAAACU